AUGUCGGUCACCACGGCCACAUCGGGAGCACUAAUCUUCUCGGGAGCCAGUCUUUUGGUUUCCCUCUUCGCUGCCGCUUCUAUCUAUUCGCAAGUUAACUCGAUUUGGACUGAGCUGGACAACGAGAUCGACAGCUUCAAGUUGCUCACCAAUGACAUCUGGAGUGAUAUGGUAAAUUUGGGAGCCGGUUCUGCGUCGAAUCGCAUUCGUCGUCAAGCGUACGGUGGAUACGGUGCCGCAGGAACCAGUGCUCCAGAACCACAGUUCCCGCAAGGAGACAAGGGACCGCUGCCAGUUCCUGGACUUCCAUUCGGAUCUACUGUUUCCGGAGGAUCGAGCCGUUGCCAGUGCACUGUUGAGAACUUCUGUCCACCAGGAGCAGCAGGAGACGAAGGAGAGCAAGGACCGGACGGAGAGGACGGAGUGGACGGAGUUCCAGGAUUCGACGGACACGACUGCCCGGAUGUCGAGCACCUCCCUUCGCAGGGGUGCUUCACCUGCCCACAAGGACUUCCAGGACCACAAGGACAGCAGGGAACCCCGGGAAUUCGUGGAAUGCGUGGAGCUCGCGGACAGCCAGGAUACCCAGGAAGAGACGGACAACCAGGAAUGCCCGGAGAGAUGGGACCGAACGGCGCGCCGGGAGAUGAUGGAGCUCCAGGAGCGAGCGGAGAGAAGGGAGACGAUGCGGAGAAGCCAGUCGGACGGCAAGGACCACGUGGACAGCCAGGUGAGCAGGGACCGGAAGGAGCCGAGGGACCGGCUGGACGCGAUGCUUAUGCUGGACCUGCUGGAGUCGAGGGAGAGGACGGAGUGCCAGGAUACCAGGGAGCCGCCGGACCAGAUGGGUAAGUGACCAUAUUAUCCAGAGUUUUGACACCAAUGCUUGUUUCAGAGAGGAAGGACCACGCGGACCGUCCGGACUUCCAGGAAAGGACGCCGAGUACUGCAAGUGCCCGACGCGCGACGAAGGAAGUGCUCAGGCGUGGCGUCGCAAGCACAAGAGAGUCUACUAA